AAUCAGCCGCAGUCCCUGUCGCUGUCCCCAUCCCUGUCUCCCCUGUCGCUGUCCCUGUCCCCAUCCCAGUCGCUGUCCCCAUCCCUGUCCCCUCUGUCGCUGUCGCUGUCCCUGUCCCCUCUGUCGCUGUCCAUCAGCCGCGGUCCCGCCCCUCCGGAGCUCUUCGGGCUUUGCCUUUUCCAUGGCGACCGCUCCAAGGACGAGCCCGGAGCGCCCCCGGAGCGGGCACGGGCAGCACUCGGGGCCGUUUGGGCAAUUUGGGGCGUUUUGGGGAAUUUUCGGGGGGGGCUGAAGGAAUUCACUCCCUCCCGCCCCCCCAAAAACGCCGGAAAAAAAAAAAAAUCGGGAUUUUCACCGCCCUGCUCCGCCUCCCCACCGGGAAUUCUGCAGAAUUCCAGGAUUUGCACUGGGAACUCGGCGCAAUUCCAAGAUUUGCACAGCGAAUUUUGCCAAAUUCCAGGAUUUGCAGCGGGAAUCCUGCGCAAUUCCAGGAUUUUUCCCUCCUCCCGCAUCCCCGGAGCCCCUGGGCCAUCGAUGAGGCAUCACCAUGCUGACCAGCAUCACCGACGGCUUCCUCUGCUGCCUGCUGGGCAAGACCCCCAACGCCGUGGGGCCCCUGGACAGCGUUGAGUCCAGCGACGGCUUCACCUUCCUGGAGGUGAAGCCCGGCCGGAUCCUGCGCAUCCACCACAGCGCUCCCGAGCGCCCGGGGCCCCCGGAAUGCCCGGGCUCGUCCCCCGAGCGCGGCGCCGUGCGCUGCCAGCGCCGCAUCACGCUCUACCGCAACGGGCAGCUGCUGAUCGAGAACCUGAGCGAGGCCUCGCGCCCCGAGAGCGCCCGCAGCCCGCGGCGGUGCCCGCCGUGCCCGGUGCCCGAGGCCAACGGUGAGCCGGGAGCGCCGGAGCCCGCCGGGGCCGCCGCCAAGCGCCGCAAGCGCAAGCCCAAGAGGGUGGUGACGGUGGACUGCAAGAAGCGCAUCACCAGCUGCAAGGGCACGCACGGGGACGUGGUGCUGUUCUUCAUCCACGGCGUCGGAGGCUCUUUGGACAUCUGGAAGGAGCAGCUGGAGUUCUUCUCCAAGCUGGGCUACGAGGUGGUGGCGCCGGACUUGGCGGGGCACGGCUGCAGCUCAGCACCGCCCGUGGCCGCCGCCUACACCUUCUACGCGCUGGCCGAGGACAUGAGGGCCGUGUUCAAGCGCUACGCCAAGAAAAGGAACAUCCUCAUCGGGCACUCCUAUGGGGUGUCCUUCUGCACGUUCCUGGCUCACGAGUACCCCGAGCUGGUGCACAAAGUGAUCAUGAUCAACGGGGGCGGCCCCACGGCGCUGGAGCCCAGCCUGUGCUCCAUCUUCAACCUGCCCCCAUGUGUGCUGCACUGCCUGUCCCCCUGCCUGGCCUGGAGCUUCCUCAAGGCCGGCUUUGCCCGCCAAGGUGCCAAGGAGAAGCAGCUGCUGAAGGAGGGCAACGCCUUCAACGUCUCGUCCUUCGUGCUGAGGGCCACCAUGAGCGGGCAGUACUGGCCCGAGGGCGACGAGCUGUACCACGCCGAGCUGGCCGUGCCCGUGCUGCUGGUGCACGGCAUGCACGACAAGUUCGUGCCCAUCGAGGAGGACCAGAGGAUGGCAGAGAUCCUGCUGAUCGCCUUCCUGAAGGUGAUCGACGAGGGCAGCCACAUGGUGAUGCUGGAGUGCCCCGACACGGUGAACACGCUGCUGCACGAGUUCGUCCUCUGGGAGCCCGACACGCCCGCGGCCCGCGGCGACGGCGACACCAAAUGAGGGCCAGCGACACGCGGGGACAGCGGGCUGGCUGCUCCCGCGGCAGCGGCGGAGCGCGGAGCGGGCUCGGCCCAGCCGCCAGCCCGGGUUGUGCCCGGGGCCGAGCGAGGAGGAGCCCCGGGCUGCGAUGGCGGCGCCGGGAGAGGAGCGCGGCGAGUGCCCAGGGCAGGGGACAGCGGGGACACGGCUCGGCCGGUCCCCAGCCCCGACAGGACAGCGGGGACACGGCUCGGCCGGUCCCCAAACCCAAAUAUGUCACAGUCGGUCCCCAAACCUCGGGGACACGGCACAGCCGGUCCCCAACCCCGACAGGACUGUGGGGACACGGCUCGGCCGGUCCCCAACCCCGGACAUGCCACACCUGGACACGCCACACCUGAUCCCUGGACCCUGGACAUGUCACACCGAGUCCCCAAACCCUGGGGACAGCAGGGACACGGCACCGCUGGUCCCCAACUCUGGACACGCCACCCCCGGCACUGGAGCGGCUCCGUCCCGGGUUUUUUUUGUUGCCGUCGUUGUCAUUCCCUCACACAGCGACACCGGGAGGACGUGGAGGGUCCCGAGGACACCGGGAGGACACGGAAGGACCCGGGGACGCCGGGAGGACACGGAGGGUCCCCGCAGGGAUUUUUGGGGCGGUUUUCAGGAGAAUCCAGAGGUUCCCCACUUCGGGAUUUGCCUGGAUUUUGGGGGUUCCUUGUGGGGUUCGACGGCUCCUGCUGGCAUGAGGAGGAGGAUGAUGAGGAUGAAGAUUCCCGGAGUGUCCCCAGUGCCACCCCGGCCACGUCCCCGCUGCCAGCAGCGCUUUUAGGGCAGAGCCCCUCGGGGCCACUCUCGGGCCUUUCCCGCGGCUCCGUCCCCGGGAUCCGCCCCUGGAGCAGCGGGGAACAGCGGGACCCCAUUCCCCGAGAUUCCCGGUGAUGAUUCCCGGGAUUCCUGAUAAUUCCCGGGAUCCAGGACCACCCGAUCCCAUCCGACCCCACCCGAUCCCCGCCGAUCCCGCCCCUCCUGUACAAACCCCCCCCAUUCCCGGGAGCCACCCGAGGAUGUCCCCGGUGCCACCCGCAGUGCCAGGAGCUGCCACUUCUCACCACCCCCCCUCCAAAAUUCCCGACAUUUAAACCAAAGAAGGCGCCGACCCCACGGACACCUCGCCCCUGUCCCUUGUCCACAGCCUGUCCCCGGCCCCACACGGGGCUGGCACCGCACCGAGCGGCUCAGGGGACCCCGCGAUGUCCCCGCUGAUGUCCCCAGGGUGUCCCCCUUGUGCCAGCCCCGCCCGCUGCUGUCUCAUAAUGAGAAUUUUACCCCAAAACCGCCAGCAACGCCCCCCAAAUGCCACGCACCGGUUGUGGGGUCACAGCUCUGUCCCCUCCCUCCGGGAGCCACAUUCCUGUCGCGCUGCCACCCCCGCUGCCACCGCCGCGUCCGUGCCAGGACCCAGUAAAGCCGUGCUAAAUGCCAGCCGUGCCAGGACCCGUGUAAAGCUGUGCUGAAUGCCAGCCCAUGCCAUGGCACCCAGUAAAGCCGUGCUAAAUGCCA